AUGGAACAACUAUGUACAGCAUCGAGAAGGGGGAUGGAAAAAGUCAUUCACGACGUCUACUCAGAUCUCUUCGAUAGCCACAUCCACUUGCCUCCUCACCAUCUGAGGGAAGAUGGACAUGCCUUUCUAAAGGUCCUCUCUUCCGAAUUCCGACAUGUCAUCAUGUCGGUGAAGAACCGUACUUCAUCCAUUCCCGACAGGAUCAAACCUGAACAUCUGAAGUACCUACCGCCAGUCCUAAUCAACACACUUGCGAGGCUCUUCACUCCCAUACCCGUAGCAAUGCAAGUCACCGCGUUUUGUGCUUACUCUACCUACUAUGGGGAUCCGAUCACUCUAAAGCGAGUCUAUCAGAAGAGUUCCACUCAAACGAACGCAAGAAUUUCCACUGAUUUCUAUGCACAAGUUACCUACAACAAUCAGAGCAGAACUUUCCGACUGACGAUACGCCUUCCUAGCUCUUCUUUCUCAUCAAAGCUCGCGGCAAUCAGUUUUGGUUUGGAUGAGCAAGCUUCUGGCGCUGGCGCACCAAUCCGACGCCGGGGGACUCGUCUCCUUCUCUUUUUGGAAUUUCGUGGCUCCCACACACAGAACACACAAUAA